AUGUACUGCUUGACCGAUCCAUACUUCUGGCUGGACUCCAAUAUGACGCGACCUCCACAAAGACCCAUCAAGCGACUUCUUACCGCGAACAGGGGAGAGAUCGCAACACGAAUCAUCUCUUCAGCUCGAGAACUUGACAUUGAGACGUUCGCAAUCUACGUAUCAGGCGACGACUCGCAUGCCGUCCGAGCAAGCCAUGCGAUCAAACUAUCAUCAGCUUCAUCCUUCAUGAGUAUUGAUGAUCUUGUCGGCAUCGUCAAAAAGCACCAAAUCGAUGCUGUACAUCCAGGAUAUGGCUUUCUAUCAGAGUCCGAACACUUCUCGAAGAGAGUCUGGGAAGAGACCGGCGCAGUAGUUGUCGGCCCUGGGUGGGGUAUCUUGAGUAAUACUGGAGAUAAGCUUAAAGCGAGAGAGCUUGCUCAACAAUGCGACGUCCCAGUAUCUCCAGCACUCCAGCAACCCACUAACAAAGUCGAAGACGUCCAACGCUUCGCAUAUGAAGUCGGGUUCCCAAUCAUGGUCAAAGCAGUAGAUGGAGGUGGCGGCCGAGGCAUCCGUCUUAUCCGCAGCGAAGACCAGCUUGCCUCUUUAGUGAAAAGAGCAGUCGAAGAAAGCCCGUCCAAGCAAGUCUUUGCUGAAAGAGCUGCGGUCGAUGGCUUCCGGCACGUCGAAGUACAGAUCAUCGGGGACGGUACCGGAAACGUAACGCAUCUUUGGGAACGCGAAUGCAGCAUCCAAAGACGAUACCAGAAGAUCGUUGAGCUGGCACCAAGCGUUGUGUCCGACCGGAAAUUGAUUGCACAAGUCAUCAAAAAUGCUCUGAAAAUGGCGAAACAUAUACAAUACUUCUCCCUCGGCACCUUUGAGUUCCUCAUGAACCCAUCAACGAAAGAAUACUACUUCUUGGAGGUCAACCCUCGCUUACAAGUCGAGCACACGAUCACGGAGUCUAUCUCUAUGACUGAUAUCGUCAAGGCACAGCUAUUACUCUCCCAAGGCGCUUCUCUGAAUGACUGCGGCCUACCAACAGCCGAACGAGAUCCAGAAGUGCCUCCUCCAGCGCAUUCAAUCCAACUGCGUAUCACAGCGGAGAACGUUCAAACUGAUUGGUCCUUAUCGAUCGGCAAGAUCACCUCUUUCCAGUUCCCGUCGGGCAACGGCAUUCGAGUUGACACACAUCUCAUCAGCGGCCGACCCGCCGUGGUAUCCGCAGAUUUCGACAGUCUGAUCGCAAAGGUCAUUGUAACAGCGUCAUCUUGGAAAGACGCCGUUCGUAAAGCCCAGCGAGCGUUGGAUGAUACGCAGAUCGCAGGAGUAAAGACAAACCUCGACAUGUUAAAAGCCAUAGUCGCGCACCCAGCUUUCCUAAACGGACAAUGCGACACCCAAUGGCUAGAAAGGAAACAAACCGAGCUCCUCCAAUCAAGCCAGAAUAUCGCUCCAGCCACCCCGAACACCCUUAACUCAGAUACUGUACCAUCCUCUUCAUCCGCCUCAGUCUCAACAGCCAAUACCCUCUUCCGAAAAGGCGACGCUUGGUCCAUUUCGAUCUCCACCCCAACCAUGAAGACCAAUGAGAAACCACCACCCCACCACCUCGAACUAACCCGUGUCCUGCGCAACGACUUCCCCACCUCGCUCAGCGCAGAACUCCUCUUCACCACGCCUUCAACAGCUUCGUCUACCAUGCCCCAAACAACACCCUACACCAUAACUCUCUCCUCAACUUCUGCAAGUGCUUCAGCAGCGACGUCGCAUCACAGACGCGGGAACCCAUCUGACCCCUCGCAUAUUAGCAUUCCCUUCCCAGGUAAGCUUGUGGAAGUGCUGGUUGACGAGGGUGACGUGGUGAAAGAAGGAGAUGUAAUCUGCGUGGUUCAGCAAAUGAAGAUGGAACUAGAAGUACGCAGUCCACGGAGUGGGCGGGUGACUUGGGUCACGGAAGCGGAGGAUGGGGAAGAUGUGGCUGAGGGGGUGUUGGCUGCUAUCGUUGAAAGCUCUCAAGAAACGCGUCUUUGA